AUGCGAGCAGGACGACGCACUGCAUACCUGUCACGCGCAAGCUUUAGCUCGAGUGCCUGGUGUUACAGGCAGGCCAAGCCCGGCAAAGUUCCACUUCAGUCAGCUCUAUUGGUGUCACGACCGCCGGUUCUUCUCCGUGAGCCCAGCACCUUUGAACGCGAGUAUUUCCGUUUCAAUACCGAACUCUCACACAGGAUUCAACAGCCAUUUGCUCGCGAGCACUAUUUCAAAAAAGGGUCAUCCGCCGAGGCGCGUUUCGAUGAAUAUUACGCGCAGCUGCAAAAGACGUGGGACGGCGAUGCACUGAUCAGAUCGCAUUCGGAAGCUGAUGCAGCAGCUGCGACUGCCUCUGCGAACGCUAAUGCCGACGUGAAUAAGAGCGCGAAUGCGCCGGCAGCGGGUGGUGAAUCGGACCUCUUUACCACGAUGCCUCGCACAACCGCCGCUGAUGCACAGAAUGACCAACGGAGCUUGGAGCGCGCUUUGGAUCGGACACUGUACCUGGUCGUUCAGCGUGCGACAGGCCAGGAUCAUCUACCCCAGUGGCAUCUUCCGACCAAACGCCUGCCACAGCCUCGCACACCCACUGACUCACUCCAUGAGUCUGGCUUGGAUGCUGUGCGCGAGCUGCUUGGAGCUACCAUGGACAUUUGGCUCGUAAGCAGACUCCCCAUCGCUAUGAUUCCCCAUGCAGCUGGUGCAAAGGUUCGUAUAUGGGCGUGCACAGCACCUUGUUCCUAUCAACUGUGA